AUGUGUGACCGGAUCCUCUACACAUAUUCCAACCUGUGCUCUGUUCCCUGGCUGGGCGCAGCAGCGGCUCCCGUUUCUCCUCCGACACCUGGUCACUACCACGUCCUCUACCGGGGAUGUGAAGAAACGCAGUUGGGCUGGCAUGGGGAGACCUACUGCCUGGCUGGUGGCUACCGGGCCUACGGGGACGUUCCUUUGGCCACACCAGCAAAGGUGCAAGCCGAGAAGCCAGUCGCCAGACGAGCUCUGAAGAGAAAGUGUGCUCCGGAGGAGUUGGACAAAGAUCUCCGCUGCUCCAGACCAAAAAUCCGGCGA